ACUGAAAUUCUUCUGAUAGAGUCUGGUAUUUCCUCUGAGCUCACUCAGAAAGUAGCACGAAUCCGGGCCCUGCAUUUUCCGUACAGAUGAGGACAUUUCAAACUCUCAAAAUAAAAAAAGCAAAGGUGGAGGAUAAAACUUUGGCAAGCAUUAUAGAACUGUAUCUUGAGGAAGAAGAAAAGAAGCUUUACAGAAACUUUUUUUUUUAUGAAGCAGGAUCCUAAGGGAGUAUUCGGCAAAGGGAUUUUGUUGGGAAAGAUCUGUGAGUCUCUCUCUUCCUUAGUCUUUUGUGAUGCUGUCUGAGAAUGGGCUAGUCUUGCAUUGCCUGUUGGUCUAGCCUGAAAUAGUGGAUCAGCAGCAGACGACAUCAUCCAGGAUGACAGUGUACAUCCUAAACCUCCGGGUCUUCUGGCCUCUUGUCACCUGCCUCUGCACUGCCAUGCUUUUCUUCCACCAGACUAUACUCAAGGGCCAGGAAUCGGACCCAGACGGGUGCUCUGAAAAGGGCACUGGAACCCUCUCCCUUCUCAAAUUCGUCCUGCCUAUUCUCCUCUGCUACUUCCUUAUCAAGUACUGCUCGUCCCCUCAGGGGAGGGGGAGAGGAAGGGAGAGGGAGCUCCCAGAGAUUCCCCACAGACAGGGCCCAACCAGGAGAGAGCUGCUGGAGAGCUACUACGAGAGGCAGGUUCGACUGUCUCCCCAUGUUUUGGGCCACAGCAAAGCCCACGUGGCCAAGCUGGUGAGUGAGCUAGUGAGGGCCGGGAGGGCUGAGAUACCUCCGGAAUCCACACUGGCUUUCCGGGGAGACUUCGUUCAGAUCGGAAGUGCCUAUGAGGAACACAAAGUGAGCAGCCCUGACUGUUUCGAUAUUCUAGUGCCACUGCGUUUACCUCGGGGCCUCAAACUGGAUUCACGGUGCAGCCCAAUGGGAGAGGGGGAACUAGGUGGGGGGCCCCCACUCUGCAGUCUGGAGACCCCCAGAAAAUCAGAGUGGGCACGGCAACACCAGACCUUCGUGGAAAGCUUCCUAAGCGAGGAGGGGAGAGGAGAUGCUUACUGGCUGUCCCCAGCACCCGUCCUGCGCUGGUUUUACCCCACAGUGCAACGCUGCCUGGGUGCCAUCCGCUACCCCUUCGAGCAGCGCUGCUACAUCACUCUGUCUCUCACCGAGGAUCGCGUGCUCCUGCGCCUUAACCCACGCUCUGACUACGUCUGCUGCCACAUCUCCAUGGGCAUCCGCCUCAUCCCAGCCUUCCACCUCGGAGACAGAGCCUACCUGGUCGCCCACCCCAAAACAGAAGCAGCAGGGGGGAAGCAGGGGGCCUUGUGGGCAGUCUACUUCCCCAAGCAGGAACAAAAGCUCCUGGGCUGGCUCAAGGGCAGAUUGCCAGUCAACUCGUGCCACCUCAAAUGCCUGCAGAUCCUGAAGGCGAUGAGGGAGCUGAGUGGCCAGGUGUUGGACAGUAAAGGUGCAGCCGAGUGGAGGGCAGUGCUCUCCUCCUACGCCAUCAAGACAGCUUGGCUCCGGCUCCUGCUUACCUCUGCGCCAGAAUCCUGGGAAGAACGCCACCUUGUGGAGAGAAUGGAGGACCUGCUACGCUGCCUACGUGACGCCCUGCACAGCCGACAGCUCGGCCACCUCUUCCUGGGAGGGCAUCCCGGCCUGUUACCUGAUUUCCUAUCCCUGCCUAAGCCCCUUAAGGACGCCCCUCCUUCUAACCUGAUGGCAGGUUUCGACCCAUCUUCUUUGGACCUUGUCUCUGCCCGGCUCGCCUACUCCUGGACCCACCUGCAUAGGCUUAUCAGGCUGGGAAGGUCACAACGGGAUAGUGUAGGGAGGGGGGUGAGGUGUAAACAUCUGGAGUCCAAAUAACUGUUCAACCUUCCAUCUCUUGCAAAAGAAGUGGUACCCUCUUUUGAUCAGGUCAGAUUGGACAGUUUGUUUUUGGAAAGCAUUUUUUUUCCCCCGUCCUGCACAAAAGUCUGGUAAAGUGUUACGUGUUUCUUAAUUGAGUUGUUUGUAGGCUAAGCUCCUGGUACGAUAUUUGAUGGCCCGAUCACCUGCAAAAAAUUAGGACUCCAUGCCCAGAAUGGCAGUAUAACUGAAAUUGUAUUCACUUUUUAUGAAAGAUAUUAUAAUUUGUGGGGAGGGAGGGGAUGAAAACAGGAUAUUUUAUAGGUGACUGAUUUGCAUUUUUUGGAGGAACAUCCUGAGUGUACCUCUGUGAAUCAGCUAGUGAUACAGCUCAGUGUUAGGAAAACAGAACUAAAGGGGCAAAGACACUUUAGAUAUUAUCUGGUAUCACUUUAGAAAAAUCAUGUCAAUUGCUUCAGCCAAAUAUCAGUCCCUGAGUACUAGUAGUGAGUUGGUGUGUCUCAACUUUAGCACAGCACUAAAAGGGCAUACAUCACCACUGGUAGCACCCCAUAUAAAAACACACCAUGCCAAAUUUGGAUGAUCAUUUUCAGUUUAUAUGCUUUUAUGUAAAAAGCCUACUAGAUGGUUUCAUUUCAGAAUACAAUUAGAACUCCAGUAGGUGGGAAAAUAUUUUCUAGGUGAAAGUAAAUAAAAAGGGUUAAUGCAGUAUACCUAGGUAAGCAUAGGAAAGUAUAGCAACGCAUAGUGACAGCAUUCUACGAGUUUAAGAGUUUAGACUAUGGCCAAAGCUCUCUGUACCAGCCUGCUUCUGCAAUAUAAGAAUAUGAGUAUAUGAGUAAAAUCCUGUCUUCAAAUUAAGCCUAUGAUAUGAGUGUGUAUGAGAAAGAGGAACAUCACUUCCUCUUUUGAUGUUUACCUGAUGAAACACAAGGGCAGUUUGUUAAACAGCAAUACAAACUCAGCAUAGUAUAGCUACAAUAAACAACACAGCAUAGAUCGGGCCUCAGCCGAAAGACAAGUGAGGUAACGUUUCCCUAAAACAUUUAGUGAACAACAAUAAGUUGUGACCUGACCGUUUACAAGCUCUCCAGCACAGGUCACGAACACACUGCGAAGGCUAGAAAUAGAGCACUGUUUCCUGUCCACAGGCCAGAGCAGUUUUAAAAACAAACCUUGUUAUAAAAAAAACCCUUCUCAACUCUGCUGAAGUAUGAUAUUAUUAUGCCCCUCGCUGCAUCAUCACUUUUGGUGAUACAAGAGCAGUCUUCGCGAUUCUGCUUCAGUCAACACAGCACUCCACCAUGUCUUGUCAUAGAGCAUCACCUUCCAUGUAAACCGGCCUGCAGGGAUGGAAUCUUCAAAUUCAGUUACCAUGGAGACAGUGCCGGCCAUCUGAGUUCACAGUCUCCUUUUUAAAUUGGAUGACAAAUUGAUCACCAUGUCAGUCAACCAACACCCAAACAAAUACAAAAAAGAACAGCACUGUUAUCGGUAUGCUAGUAUUAAAAAAUAUAAAUAACAGUCAGAUUUCAAGAUGCAUGUCUCUCGAUUGGGAGUAAAACUGAAGUAUAAUUCUAACUGAAGGACAGUGGAGAUCAGCUCUACUGAUAUUAGGUCUAGUCUUUUCUCUGAGUUGAUCUCAGCAUGUUACAAAAUUACACUAUAUUUAUACAUUCAAAGCAUUUCAACCAAAAUAGAAAUCAACUCCGUCUGUAAUACUAGUCAGUUAAAAAUACUAAUAUUACAGUUCUGUUAAAAAUGCAGGUUAAAAGUUCAAUAUUCUAUUUUUUGUAGCUAUUUGACUAAAGAGGGUUAGGGAAACAAGUUGAGCUGGCCAGGAUAAUGCUGAUCCAAAAGCAUUGCACCUAAAUAAAACAUACACACACACACACACACACAAAAGAAACAUGAAGGACACAUUAACUGUGCUAACAUUAUUUUAAUGGCAGAAUUAUAUUUAAAAGUGUAUUGGAUUUGAACGUUUCCAGCUCCCAACAGAAAAGGGUUUGUAGACAAGCAUUCACUUUUUCCUUUUGGACGGAGCAGUUUCCUGCUUGCAGCUUGAAGCAGCCCAUUGUGUUGGUUAUGAAGUGUGGCUGCAUUGGAAUAUCUGAUACAAAUUGUAAGGGAGCAGCUCUGAGGGAAUUACAUUAACUGUUUCACUGCCAAAUUGGGACUUCCAGACAUGAGAUUGUUAUUGUGCAGUCUUUAAAUGACUAUUAAAAUAAUACCAGUAAUAGUUUUCUGCCUUAUACAGAAUGGUAGUUUAAUGCCCAUGACAAUAUUUCACUUAAACCUUGGAAAUGUAGACAGUUCAAAUGGUUUAGCCAUAACAACCUUGCUUCUUGUGAUUUGUUUAACCUUACCAAAGCAUAAUGGGAUAAUGUGCCUAUUGAAAUGUAAAGGGAAAAGAGGAACUGCUCUAUACAGGGAUAAGAUAGAUGGGAUAAGACCUCAUUGGAAUCUCCUUAGUACAGGAAAGUGAGAGAUUACCUAUUGAAGUACACAAGGAGCUGUGGGAGUUUAAGAGCCCUUCUUGGGGUUUUAUAAACAGCAGUGGGAUUAAUCCAUCCCUUUGCAAAAAUUGCAAUGUGUUUUUGUCCUAUAAUCCAGGGGUACAUGAAGUAUAACUGCUGCUGUUGAUAAAAACGAGUAGCUACUUAAUAUUAGUGUAUUUGAGUUUAUAAAGAAAUUUGCAAGCUAAACUCCCUAUUAAAAUAGACAUGUGGAGUUCUGACACAUUUCCUAACUCUUUUAGAGGGUACUGUACUUUAAGUGACUGUCUCUCUCUAAGUGAGAGUGAGUCAGUAGUUCUGACACACAGACACAAGGUCUUUUAUUUAUUUAAUUAUUUAUUUUCAAUAAGGAACAUAUGUGCGGGAUGGCUCCACAGUGCAAUAAGUACAGUAUAAAGAAUCAGGGGCAAUCUCAGUAGGUAACAUAUUACCAAAGACAGCUAAUUUACUGUGGAAAAUGUCUAAUGCAAAAGAAGCACAACAUUGUAUUAUAAUACUUGUUUUUCAAGCAUGUAUAUUACUGGUUAGAAAAUACAUAAUGGGUGAUUGAAGAAAACGAAAUGUAGAGAUCCUGAGAUCAUUAUCUUGUGAUCUCAACAAAAAACAAAUUUUUUCAUCUCCUCACUGUAAAAAAAAAAGAGAAGUAAAUGCAGUUAAAGUGAAGUGAAAGAGCAGUUCAAACUACAGCAUUGAAGUGCAAUUACACUGCAUUUCACCUUAUGGCAAAACAAGUUGUUCAAACAUUUACAGAAUUUGGUCAUCUGAAUAGAGAAUCACUUAGAACUUACAAAAAAAGAAUACAUGUGGAUUAAGGAAUCCACUUGGACUGCAUCAUGUUAACAAUGGUUUGGUGAUUCAUUCCCAGUAGUUAUUAUCUAAAACAACUCACCUGUAUCUAAUCCUGGCAAGUAUAGUUUGAUCAACUCCAAAUCGGGCCAAAUAAUGCCAGUUUUUUUACUAUUACAGUAGCGUUAUAUGAAUUUUAAAUUGGAAUUGCAAUAUAGUUAUAGUGCUGCUAAACAGCAAUCUAACUCCCUUUUCUGUUUAUACAAGUUUACAAGACCAGUACUUUCACUGCAGUGUGUUUGAUAUGGGACCAGUCAGCUGCAGUUCUCUGGGCUGCAGUAAUUGUCUAGACAGUACUGUUGCUCUUUUUAUUACCGUUAUGCACUUGGAUAUGCAUUCAUUCUAUAUUUAUUAGAAUUAUUGUAAACUGUUUGCACUUGUGUUGUUGUUGUUGUUGUUGUUGUUGUUGUAAAGAUCCGUUGUACAGGACCAUUGUGCACUUUUUAUUUUCAAUAAAAAAUGCUUGCAUUCCUUUA